AUGCGCGAUUCGCGCUUCAUCACACCGGAUCCUGCUCAAGUUCACUUGCUGGGCGGAGUUUUGUUGGUCUGCCACGACCCCAUGACCUCGCCUGCGAGAGUGCAGCCAAGGAAACCCAUCCGCCCCGUUUCGGCAUCCAUCUCUUCGAGGCGGCUUAUUCAUAAGGUUGACCAGAGCCUGCUCAACGAGGUGUGGUACCCUGCUUGCCCUGGCCCCGGAGGCGGCUUUGGCAGGCUAAUGCCCUAA